AAUUAUUUGUAUUACGGGGAUUACUAUUGUAUGACUAUUUGUAUCAUUGCCUAGUUCUAUAAAUCUUAAUUAGUUGCACACCUUUCAUGUUCUUGGUUGCCUUGCCUUCUACUACAACAGGUAGGCUCGAAUCUGAAGAAAUAUUUGUAAUGACGACUUUACAAUUGUAAGCAAUUAACAGUUUAAGCAUCCGGUCAAUUAGGCAUUUGACAUGCAAAUCCGUCGCUCGUGAUAUGCUAAUGAAACAGCGGUGGUCCACUGAAACUGAUUUCUGCAUAAUUAACCAUAUUACGAUCAACUAAAGGGUCUGCGAAUGUAGGCCUACCUGGUAUGUUACACCUAGACUGAUGUUUAGUAAAGCCUAAACGGACACUGCAUCAUCUAGAAUCUUUGAUUUAACAAAGAAAUUAUACACAUUAUCAUGAUGUGAACAAAUGUAAAUGAAGUCAUAAUUUUUUAAGCAAUCACGGCAAUAUUGUAACGUCACCUCUUAAACACUUUUUAUUUAGUUAUAACAUCUGCCCACUCUGUAUCAUCUGAACAGGUCUGAAUAUAUAGAUUCGCGGUAAAUACGGACAAUUUUCAGACCACAGACUGAAUUUCACGACCAAUGGCAGCAUCUCCUAUGUACAGCAAGCCAAUCAGAUCACGUCGAAUACACUGCUCGCCGUGAUGCAAAGCAAUCGCUUCAAGACAUUUUACUGUAAGGUUGGACAAAAAAGUUCGCUUUUUGUUAUUCUUUACUGAGAACGCUUGAAGAAAAAAUAGGUGGCUCCGCGAAAUCAUUCUUUACCCCUUUGAAAAUGCACAACAGAAGACAACACGAGGUCCAACUUAGAAUGAGAAGGAUGUCAUAGGAACAGAAGCUCCCCACAGACAAUAUCGCUGCUCAUGGAUUACUGCGGCUCUCCGCAACCGUCGCCGGUGGCACACUUCUCCAUCGGGGCCAUUGCGCACGAGAUGUCUUACGGAACCGCAUCUUCUGUCCCCCAUCCACUGGGAUAUACCUGCUCUCAGCUGAGCCCGUUGCCUUAUACUGGCGCCGUCCAAACCCCCAGUUUAACCGAGCCAGGAUCAAAGCCAGAAAGAAGUGAGAUAGUGGGCGGUGGACUGGUGCGCUUCAACGGCAAAGGGAAGAAGAUUCGCCGGCCCAGAACAAUCUACUCCAGCGCGCAGCUACAAGCGCUCAACGGACGUUUCGCGCUGACGCAGUACCUAGCGCUGCCAGAAAGAGCCGAACUCGCUGCGUCAUUGGGAAUCACACAGACACAGGUUAAAAUAUGGUUUCAGAACAAAAGGUCCAAGUUUAAGAAAAUCAUCAAGCAGGGACGAGGAACCAUUGAAUCCACAACAACGCAAAUAGCUGAACAAGGACUGUCUGCCACUACGCUGCCCACCACUUCGGUGUGGAACUCUUACCUCACAUCCUACGCAGAUUCCACCGAGCCAACGAUGGUGUCCUACGUCUCGGAGUACAAUAACUGGUACCAGACAGUCCACCAGGAAGACACACAGCAUACCCAGUUGAUAUGAGCUUUGCCUGAACAGUGUGGCCAUACAUUUGCUCCAACUGUCUGAGACUUUCUAGGAUUCUAAUUGAGAAACGGAAAGGGUUUGAUACAGGUUGUGACACUUGAAACUGUUGUGUUCUCUUGCAAUAGUUUAGGCCUUAAUUAUUUAGCAAAACCUUUGCUUUCCUUUGGACCAGAUACAUUCAGUGGAAGGUAAUGCAUGUUUUGCCAGGGGGGAAAUCUCACAUCAAAGGCAAAGCUAUUUGUGAAUAAGCUCAAACCUUUGGAUAAAAUGGAGCACAAGAUAUAAUUUAUUUCUGUAAUUUAUCAUGAAAGGGGCUCAGUGCUGUCACAAAGCCUGACUGCUCCAUAUUCUGGAGAAGGAGGCCUACCUCAGUGAACGCGUAUGCUGUGAUGAAGACUGACCAAGUUAAUGAACAUUGAUCUCUGCAAGCUGCCAUUGUUUCCUUUUCUGACUAGGCCUAUUUAUUUUCCAGGUUUUUAAAUUCUGUAAUCACGAAUUUUCUUCAGGUCUCGAUGAUGCAUUGUAUCCGUUUACUUUCAGCACUCAGCUUUGGACUAAUGCAUAUGAUUUGUUGUACAGAAUUAAAUCAACCUGACAUUUAGCUAUUAUCAAAUAGUGUUUUAUUUCUUCCAAAUAAUGAUGACACAAAUUAAUAAUAAAAAAGUACAGUUGGGCAUAUAGGCCUAGCUUAGCCUACUUUGUAGCCUAGCCUACUAA